CCCCGUGUGCGGCCUGGCGGUGUACCCGGCGAGGUCCCUGCCCUGGGCACGGCCCGGGGCUGUCUUUAUGGCAGCAGCUUCAAGAACCAGAAAAAAGAGCUCUCAGGAUGCCAGAGCCAGCAAAGUCCACUUCUGCCCCCAAAAAGGGCUCCAAGAAAGCCGUGACAAAGACGCAGAAGAAGGGCGAUAAGAAGCGACACAAGAGCAGGAAAGAGAGCUACUCCAUCUACGUCUACAAGGUGCUCAAGCAGGUCCACCCCGACACCGGCAUCUCCUCCAAGGCCAUGGGCAUCAUGAACUCCUUUGUCAACGACAUCUUUGAGCGCAUCGCGGGUGAGGCCUCGCGCCUGGCGCACUACAACAAGCGCUCCACCAUCACCUCGCGGGAGAUCCAGACGGCCGUGCGCCUGCUGCUGCCCGGAGAGCUGGCCAAGCACGCCGUCUCCGAGGGCACCAAGGCCGUCACCAAGUACACCAGCUCCAAGUAGCCCGGCGCUUCUUCUCCGGUGGGCCCAUUGAGCACAGGCACAGGUAGGCAGCUAUGGUUUGGAUGAAGGUCACAGCUAUUCUCCAUGGCGGUGGACAGACUUGGGAUGGGCGUUAGGAGCUGGCUAGUAGAAGAUGAGGCAGCGAACCGGAUGCUGGCUUCUUUUCAUUGUGAAUUCAGGAUGUGCUACGGGUUCCGCACGCUGCACAUCAGGCGACGCUGGUGGAGGAGGCCUCUGCUUUCACAUCUUAUCUGAAGGGACUGGCUGCUGCAUAUCCAAGUUCUUCUUUGUGCUUGAAAAACAUGCAUGUGUGGUGCUGGCCAUGAUGGCUGGCUGCUCCAGAGAUAUUGCCUCUGAAGUCUUCCUGUCUGCUUUCAUACAGUCGUCCAAGAUGGGCACCAAGAAGACUGCACUGCAUCCACUCUGUGAUAGUCAGGAUCCAUCCUGUUGUACAGCAAAACAGCCUACGUGUAGAGGUCAAGCUGACAUCAGCCACAGCAACCACCAGGCACAGUCCAUAGACUAAAAUCUGUACUGAUCCAGCAGAGAUCUUGCUUGGCAAUGGUGUACAAGGCCUCUGUUAAAGAUGCUGUGAUAAUGCCAUGUGCUGUCCCUCCUUGCUGCUCCUGAGGGAGGAGAAGCGAGCAGGCUGGUGGCACAGGCAUGUGUGGCCUUACCCACCAAGAUGCCAGAGCCACCAGCUGGCUCUCAGCUUGUGCCAAAGCAUCUGGACCAACAAGGGCAAUGGUGGAACCCGGUCAUUACCUCCUCCAGCUGCUGCUUUGCCAAUUCUGAGACCUACUUCAGUGUGCAAGACAUUGCUAAUGCUGCUUCUUCUUGGAGACUUUUUUCUGCCUGUGUGCUCUCUUCUGCCAUGUUCACUGUAAGGAUGGACAAGUGGGUGCUGUCCAAGGGGCUGUGGGCAGCUCACCUUGCCCCUGCCUUCCCUGCUUCGCUCAUUUGCUGUCAAGCAAAACAAAGUCAGGGCUGGGUGAAUAGGUAGGGACUCUUAAAAUAUCACUGCAUCCCACUAGUAUUUCACAAAUUAAAUCAUUCUAAGCUACUUCAGAUAUUCCCCAUGACUUCUCAAAAUCUACAGUAAGGUGAGCAAUAAUGAAAUCCCCAUAAAGCCAUAGAUAUUAGUGGAGGAAUGUCUCAGUUACAAGUUUAGCAUGCCUGAACUGCUGGGUAACAGAUAAGGAGCAUGUGUAGAAAUGGUGUGAAGUUGAAGCUUCCUACUCAGAACACAAAAUUAGCCAACACUGAAAAAAAGUCAAAAUUUCUGGUAGGCUUUAGCACUUUCAGAUCAAAAAGAUUCAUGCCUAAAUUGCUUUUUGCAAUUUAUUCUGUAAAAGAGCAGCAAAGACACAGCAUCCAGAACUAAUGCAGGUGCUGUCCAAAAUUCAUUGCUGAUAAUAGGACAAAUUCCCCCUAAAUAACAGUCUUGUGGUACAUCUCUCGUUUUCCACUACUUUUUAUCUCCAUCUUUUUUCUUUUCCCUUUGAGAAUGAUGGGGACCCUUGUUGUGUCAUUUUUGAAGAUGCAGAAUUCUGCAUGUCUGGAAGAUUCAGUCACUUCCUGGCUUAUAAGGAUGUUGCAGAAUCCAGUUGGCCUGAGGAAGGGGCUGUUUGUGGCCGUGCCACUGAGAGCGCCUCAGAAACCUGGGAGUAAGGUGAGCUCCCACAUGGUCACUGUGCAGGAGCUAAGGACAGGUGGCAGCCUACUGCAGCUUGGGGUUUGAGCACCCCACACCCAAAAACAGGCUCUCCUGCUGUGCUUUGCUCAGUGACAGGACACUGGAGGGUUUUCAGCCACAUUUCAUACAGUAAUUCCAGCAGGAAUCACUAGCAAUGUCUUUCAGAAAGCACGAGCUGUGUCUCUAGACUCCAGCAUCCACAGCAAGCAGCUCCCAGCAGCAGCAGUUGUAUUUGGCAGCAGAAAUCUGUCGCCAACCUCAACCAUUUCCUCAUGGCACUUUGGAAGAAACAGCUUAGCACCUCCUUUGGUUUUCCAAUUAAAUAGUCAAAAUCAGAUACCAAAGAUGAAAAAGUACCUGCACUGUCAUACCUGCACUGUUGAACCACCGUCACUGCCCCCUCUCCCAGCAGAAGUCAGAAAGCAGGGGUUGCAGAGGGGAAAUAAGGCUGUUUCAAAGAGGAGAAAUGGCAAUUUAAGACUGCAGAAGUACUUGAAGGCUUAAGGAGGUUUUUAUGUUGCUUAACGCCUGGUGGCUGUGACUGAUCGUCUCCAUCCACCUAUAGCUUAGGCUGUCAUUUCACACAUAAUUUGCUCCUCACUCUCCCUUCAUAUCAUUUUCUGUUUGCCCCUGACAACCUGAAGGAGAGGAUUGAGGAACUGAUCUAGGUUAAAAUGAAAGUUUUUUGUUUUUUUUUUUUACUCUUGCAGGGUUCAUUUUAACCCAGUUCUGGUGGCUGCUCUGUUUUGUCACUGUCACACAGACACUUGAGGCAGCAAAGGGAGGGCUGAGCUGGGAGAGGCAAGGCUGCCAUCAGCUGCGACUGACUCAAAAGCAGUUGUGAAGUCAGCAGCCGUAGAGUCAAAGCACAGGUGAUAAAAUGAAAGCUGUUUCUCUGCAGUCUGUGCAGGCUCACAAUCACAUCAGUUCAUUGGGAGCUAUUUUGGCUGGGAUGGGCUUGGGCUGAGCCUUCGGGGCAAUAGAAAAUGGUCUGAAAGUGGAAGGAUCAAAGCAGCAAUUGUCCAUUGACAUUGAUGUGGCAUGUUGUACAGGUCCUUGGUAAGGAGGUGUUCUGCAGAAAAGAGGGCUUCCUACUUGUGGGUCUGCGCUUGUUAAAAAGUUUUUUCAGCUCUGGAACUGGUAAGACAAUUUGAAAAUGAAAAUAAUAUGCCUAGUCGUGCUGACCCCACCUGAUUCCUACUGCAGCAACAGAAGCACCUCUGGGACAUUCUCAUGUUUUGCCAACAAAUGAAAAAAUAAAAAAAGGAACUGAAGGUUGGAAAAGGAAACUGCACGGAGUAACAUAACGUUGAUGUUAACCCUGUGUUAGACACUGCAAUGAGUUACUUGGUUUUAUAUACAAUUUAAGAGAUAAAAUUAGUUGUAAUAGAUCUAUGUCCUAGGGAGGACUCUGCUUUCCCAGAGGGAAUUCAAGUCCACGCUUCACAGAGACCUAAACCUGCAGAAGAACUGGGCAGCCACGUGCAUGGCCUGGAGGUUUGCUUACACUCUGAACAGAUGGAUCUUCAGUCAAGGAUGGCAAACGAGUGGCAGCAAACAGAGGAGGAGGGUCUGUCUUGGAGGUCACUGUGUGUGACCUGAGACCUUUGUGAACCUGACCUGAGACCACCCUCAGGACAGAGGCAUCCCCAUGUCCCCACCACACCCAGCCAAGCUUGGCAUGGCUUAUGCAUAGCCUGGAGCCCUCCUCCCACCACAGCAUCUCCUGACACAUCCAGAGCAAACUGUUUACAGGGAAAGGAAGAAUGAGAUAUAAACCAUAAAAAUCAUCUGCUGCUAGGAUUUGGGAAGUUCCCUGGGACCAGCCCCUGGGGAGCAAUCUUUCGUGCUUGCAUCCAUGCAUGGUAUCCUGCGGGCUUGUGUACACAGAGUUUUUCUGACAGUAAGUGUUACAUAAUGUAUGGUCUGUGUUAUAUUACUGUUGUUUUAUGAGAUACAUAGCAGCUGAUUACCUGUUUUCUGUUAAACAUAUAAAUAAAAUGUAAAUGCAGGAUGUAAA